CACCCAUUGCUCUCCGUUAAUCUGUAGCUGUCUGUCUUCGGCCGACGGUGGAAGUGGACUCCUUGGACCAAAAACAAGGUUGCUGUAAAAUCCCUGAACAUCAGUGAUGUCAAAUUUGAGUGGAAAGGUCCAGACCGUCCUGGGUCUGGUAGAGCCAGACCAGCUGGGCCGCACCAUGACCCACGAGCACCUGACCAUGAGCUUUGAGUGCUGCUACUUCCCCCCUCCUCCGGGUGAUGACGCGGUGGCGGAGAACCCGUUCCAGAUGCAGCAUAUGCACUGGCUGAGACAGAACCCGUACAGCUGCCACGAGAACCUGCUGCUGCAGCAGGAGACCGCCGCCGUGCGAGACGAGCUGCUGGCCUACAGAAAGGCCGGCGGGGGCACGAUAGUGGAGAACACCACCACAGGUAUUGACCGGGACCUGCCCGCCCUCAAGCAGCUGGCCAAGGACACCGGGGUCCACGUGAUCGCGGGAGCAGGGUACUACGUGGACUGCACCCACACGGAGGAAACCAAGAGGAUGAGUGUGGAGAAGCUCACAGAUAUUAUUGUCAGCGAGGUGCUUCAUGGUGCAGAUGGCACCGACAUCCGCUGUGGCGUAAUCGGAGAGAUUGGCACCGGCUGGCCAAUCACCGAGAGCGAGACGAAGGUGCUGAGGGCCACGGCCCGCGCUCAGGCUCAGCUCGGAUGCCCCGUCAUCAUCCAUCCUGGUAGGAAUCCUGCCGCCCCAGCUGAAGUCGUCCGGAUACUUCAGGAGGCGGGUGGCGACAUCAGCAAAACUGUCAUGUCACACCUGGACAGGACUAUAUUUGAUGAGGGGGAGCUGCUUGAGUUUGCAAAGCUUGGGAGUUACCUGGAGUACGAUCUGUUUGGAACAGAGAUGCUGAACUACCCGUACAACCAGGAGGUGGACAUGCCCAGUGACAGCCAGAGAGUCAAGACUUUGGCGUUCCUCGUGAAGGAGGGCUACGAGGACAAGAUACUGGUUGCGCACGACAUCCACACCAAGAACCGUCUCACCAAGUAUGGCGGCCAUGGCUAUUCUCACAUCCUGAAGAACAUUGUGCCAAAGAUGCUGACGAGAGGCAUCUUGCAGCACCAGGUGGAUAAGAUACUCAUCGAAAACCCCAAACGCUGGCUGACCUUCAAAUAAAGCAAAGAGAGGAACACGUGGAAGGCGUUUCGAUGCACCCAUUAUUUUAUCUUCAAUGAAUACUUUAGGAUUUUUGCAGUAAUCAAGAGUCCAAACACAUAUCUUAAAGUGUUUUUGGAUGCUUAAACCAAUGAGCUGAGUGUUUGUGUAUCAGUUUGUCUCUAAUAUUUGUAAAUGUUUCAGCACAGCAAAAUGUUUUGUAACUGUGCUGCUGUUUAAUGCAGCUGAAAGACUUCUUACAGAGGCCCUCAUCAAUUAAAACUGGAUUUCAUUUUUGUGAUUAUACAUAAUUCACAUUGUGCGCAAAUAAUAUGAAGGAGCCUCUCAGGAUCACAGUGCCUCUCAUUUGCAGUCUUGUUUUUGUCACCCAAAAAAAAAUAGAAGCUUUUUCUUGUCUGCAGAAAUCCAAAACAAAUAUUGUCCCUCCUCUAGAGGUGUUUACUACAAUGGUGCUGACAGUUAUGGUGCUAAUUGAUUUUUCAAUGUCAACAUUGUUGCUGUCUGUGUAUUUGUUAGUUUCCGCAAGCAUGUUUUCUGGGAUGAAAAUAAUGAGCGUAUUCAGUAAUCAGUAUGCCGCUCUGCUCGCGACACAAUGCGGCUGUGUUAGAUGAGUUGUCCUGUUGCCCCUCAGUGGGUGUCUGGGUGUCUAUGGGAGGCUGACUGGAUGAAGGACAUGUUCUCCUCUCAUCUGGGAACAGGUGGCCUCACAGGGUGACUUCACCACAUGAUCAAUGGCGUGAUCGCCACGAGUGACUGUGUGCCGUGAAAAAAAAAGCUCUCUAACUUUGAUUAAUCUUCUGGAGAGGAUUACAAAGUGAGCCAGAGGAUUUUAAUCUUACAUGAUAUUUUACACAUUAGCCGACAGUCUUAACAAUCAGCAGGCAGAUUGAUGCACGCCGAGGAAACGUUUCUGUCAGUGUGACUGUCCAGUUUGGUGGUGGUGACUAAACCAACAGACCACCCUGUUGCCCUGACCAGCUGUCAUAUUUAGACAAGGAGAAAUGAGUUACAAUGAUCAUUUUGUGACAGUGCAUCAGUAUGAACAUCAGAAUGGCCCUUUACACAUACUUUAAAGUGUUUUCACGCUGCACAGGGUUAAAAUCUCAUAUUUUUAUAAUCAUCAUCAUCAUGCAUCACUACAGCUUUAAACAUUUUCACCCAAAAUGUCAAAUAUUUUUGAAAAAUAAAGCACACAUGUGGACUAACAACACU